UGUUUUUCUUACAUCUAUAAAAUGUGCAUAGAUCACAUCUUCACCACCAUCAUCAUUCUCUCUAAUUAAGAAACACAAAAUCCCAAAAGGGUCAUUGAGUUUUUGCAGUUUGCAUCUACAAAAUCUAGUUUUUGUCUCUCUUUCUCAUCACAUCAUGGCAAAGGUGCAUCCGCAGCUUGUCUCUUCAUGCACUUCAUCAAAGCAAGAAGUGUUCACUCUUUGGAUGAAGUCUCUAAUCAUGAGCACCAACGGUUGUGCUGUUUUCGAUUCCAACGGUUGUAUCGUGUUUCGGGUCGACAACUAUAGCCACAGAUGCACCACUCAAAUCUGCAUCAUGGAUGCCACAGGCAAAGUCUUAUUGACUAUACUUAAAAAGCAGAAAUUCUCCCUCUUUAAAACAUGGGAGGGAUACAGAUCAACAACAAGCACGGAAGGCGGGAAGAAGAAGCCGGUGUUUCAAGUUCGAAAACUCAUGGGAAUCAGAGCGUUUCUCGGAUAUUUGAGAGGCUACUCAAUUUGCAAAGCUUUGAUCAGAGUAGACGAAGAUAAAGUAUGUGAAUACAGAAUGGAAAUUAAAAGUUGUAAGCAAUCUUGGCGAAUAGUUGAUGCUUUUGGUGGCCUUGUUGCAGAGGUUAAAAGAAAGAUAACAAGAAGUGGAGUUGUUCUUGGAGAAGAUGUGUUAACAAUGGUUGUUGAACCUCAUAUUGAUCACUCUCUUGUUAUGGGAUUGGUGCUUGUCAUGUGAAUCUACUAUUGUUUUAGUAUUUUAUUUUUCAAAGAUUAAGAAGCACCACAGUUUUCAAUACGAGGAUCAGGCACGGAGGAAUCAAGGACAAGAGAUGCAGUCAUCAACAUUCUAGCCCGCUGAUUGAUUUCUGUAAUAUAAACAAUUCAUCGAAUGCCAAUUAUAGACAUCAAUUUAUAGUAGUAGUAGUUAGAUGUCCUUUUUUUCCUUUUCUUUUCUCUUUUUUAAGUUUAUCCUAUAAUUAAUUUACCGUACAAUUUACUCCCUUCGUUUCUUAAAUUUUAUCA